AUGGCUUCGCUGUAUCAGAGAUUCAACGGGAAGAUUAGCACGACCAAUUCCUUCCCGCACCCACCUGAGGCCAGUCACCUUCUCGGUGGUCAGGUUACAGACGAGGAAGCGAAGACCCCUCAGCAACUCGUCGAUGGCAAACCUCACGGCCAGUACCGCAAAAAAAGCUCGAGGGAGGAUGAGGAUGACCUGGUCGGCAGCGCUCCGCCGCAGAGGAACUGGAAAGGAAUAGCCAUCGCCCUGCUGGUCAUCCUCAUCAUCUGCUCCCUGAUUGUCACCUCCGUCAUCCUGCUGACCCCUCGCGAAGAUGACAGCCUCGCCCUGAAGAAGAAAGUGACGAUAGAGGAUGUUUUCGGUCCAGACCUUCACAUCCAUGACCCAGACGCCAAAUGGCUCAGCGACAAUGAGCUGCUGUAUCGUACAAGGGAAGGGGAUGUUGUCAAUGUUAAUGUUGACACAAAGGAGAGCUCUGUUAUCGUUCUGAACCAGUUGUUUGACCGAUCCAGAGCCACCAGGUACCAAGUGUCUCCAGACAUGCAACAUGUGUUGUUCGCCUUUGAGGUGAAACCGAUCUACCAACACUCCUAUGUGGCCAAGUACAUCAUAUACAGCCUUGUGACACAGGAGACUUGGCCUCUGAAGCCCCCUGAAGUGCAUGAAGCUGUCCUGCAGUUUGCUGGAUGGGGACCUCGAGGCGAGCAGCUGAUCUUCAUAUUUGAAAACAACAUCUUCUACAGAUCAACAGUGGACAACCGAGCGAUCCGCCUGGUUUCCACUGGGAAAGAGGGCGUCGUCUUUAACGGCCUCGCUGACUGGCUGUACGAGGAGGAGAUCCUGCAGACACACAUCGCCCACUGGUGGUCUCCAGACGGGCUGCGUCUGGCCUACAUGACCAUCAAUGACACGCUGGUGCCCAGUAUGGAAGUUCCCUUCUUCACAGGGAUGCCGUACCCUGCCACCUUGGAGUAUCACUACCCAAAGGCUGGGGAAGAAAACCCUGUAGUGCACCUGUCGGUGGUGAGCCUCAACGGUCCCCUGCACACCGUGGUGAUGAAGAAACCCGAUGACCCCCGAAUCGGGAGGGAAUAUUAUAUCACGAUGGUGAAAUGGGCCACCAGCACAAAACUGGCUGUCAACUGGCUGAACAGAGGCCAGAACAACUCCAUCUUGACACUGUGUGAGGCGACAACGGGCGUCUGCAUCAAGAAACACGAGGAUGAGAGUGAGAGCUGGUUGCACAGACAGAAUGAAGCGCCGCUCUUUUCCCAUGACGGACACAAGUUCUUCUUCACCAGAGCAAUCCCUCAGGGAGGGAGAGGAAAGUUUUUCCACAUCUCGAUGUCCACCUCUAUGCCUAACACUAGCACAGACAUCCUUCAGUCCUUGACUUCUGGAGACUGGGACGUCACCAGGAUUUUGGCCUACAAUCAUGAAAGGAACCUCAUAUACUUUCUGAGCACAGAGGAUGACCCCAAGCGGCGGCACUUGUACAGUGCUGACACAAUCCCUCCGUUCAACCGCUGCUGCCUGUCGUGUGAGGUCAAGUGCGGCUAUGUGGACGUUUCAUUCAGCCACAACAUGCAGUACUUCCUACUCAACUGUAAAGGUCCAGAUGUACCGAGCGUGGCUAUCUACAGCACCGAGGACAAACAGAAGGUGUUCGACGUGGAGACAAACGAAAGAGUAAACAGCACGUACAACAAUCUGCAGAUGCCCAGAGUGGAGUAUGAGACCAUCACCAUAGAAGACUACACUCUGACCAUGCAGAUUCUGAAGCCAGCUGGGUUCGUGGAUACAGCCCAUUACCCCUUACUGCUGCUAGUGGACGGCACGCCUGGCGGGCAGAUGGUGUCGGAGCAAUUCCGGGUAGACUGGGCCACGGUUCUGGUCAGCAGCUUCAGCACCAUCGUCAUUCGCUUCGAUGGCCACGGCAGUGGCUUCCAGGGCACCAACCUUCUGCACGAAGUGAGGAGGCAACUGGGAAAACUAGAGGAGGGGGACCAGCUGGAGGCACUCAGGUUCAUAUCCAAAGAGUCCUAUAUUGAUCAGAGUCGAAUGGGAGUUUAUGGAAAGGCCUAUGGAGGAUAUUUAGCCACGAUGCUUCUCAGCUCGUUUAACCAGCUUAAAUGUGGAACAGCAGUCUCCCCCAUCACAGAUUUCGAGCUAUACGCAUCUGCAUUUUCGGAGCGAUACCUGGGCUCAAAGACAGAUGCACGAGUAUAUACGAUGGCCAAUUUAGCACACAGAGCUGGCCAGCUUCUGCAGAAGCAGUACUUGAUAAUUCACCCGACUGCUGACGAAAAGGUUCACUUCCAGCACACAGCCAAAUUUAUCAACCAUUUAAUCAGCGAGAAGGCCAAUUACUCUCUACAGAUCUACCCAGACGAGGGGCACUUCCUGCACAGCGAUGGGACGCAGCAGCACCUGAGCCAAUCCCUGGUCAACUUCUUCGAGGUGUGUUUCCGGGUGCCGGAGAUUCUGACCGAGGACCAGCAAGAAGAGGACGAGGACAACAGUUAAGCACGCCCCUCUGAGCGGGCCCCGGCCGGCUAGUGCAGCGCGAUAUGCAACGGAACCUUCUUACCCAAUCAACCCACACCACGUGCUGCCCAAUCUUGAUUUGAGCGGCCCUUUGAAGCGCAGCACCUGCACGUGCUCCGCCCCCCUCCUCACCUCGUGCUGGCUGCUCGUGAGAAAGACUCAAUAAGUCUCAGGCGUGAGCGGUCACGCCUCUCUCUCUUUCUCUCUCUCUCUCUCUCUCUCUCUGCUAUUGGAAUAUAUGAACUAGUACUCCCUCUAGUGGACAAAUAGAGGAUCAACAUAACGCCCACUGAUCUAUGCCUCUCCAUUCCAAACCAAGCACAUUCAUUGGGCACUUUCCAGCACAAAAUACCUUCUUUUAACAUUUACCUUUCCCAGAGGCCCCUUUCUAACCAAUGUACUGAUUGUUCUGUUCAUGAGUAUGAUUACUGCUACUUUCUCAGACUGUCUCUGUUCAGUGUUGUGUCUUUGAGUGAAUGUCUGGCUGCAUCAGUCCGUAUAGUUGCUUUACAAAACAAGGGCACACUGUUUAACUUUCCUUGUACUACGAAAAGCGUCGAUCCUGAAAGGGUAUGGGAUCAUAUUUUCCCUCGUGAAUUUAUCGAAUUGAAUUCCUGUUCUUUUAGUCACUGUGCCUUACUGUGGGUGAAAUGUUCAUGUUGUGGUCCGACAUGAACAUAAGACAAAUUAGUGAAUAUGGAUAGGCCUUGUCUGAACUGUGGACUCAAAACCAGAUGAUGAUUUAAUUUAAGUAAUAGCCAGUUACUUGAGAGGUAAAUUAAAAUCCCAAGUUAUGGCACAUUUUUAUCUCAAAACAUGGAAAGAACUGAAUACAGAGUAGUUGUAAAUCAGCUUGAAAUAUGGUGUUUUUUUGGACAAAAACUAUUUAGUUUGCAAAUAGUUCUUGAUAUUUAACUUCUAAAAACGAGUGAAUGCUGAAUUUCCAUUAUUUGACUGUUAAAUGGAUGGAUUCUCUCCCCGUGUCACUUCUGUUAGUAUUGUCAGUGGUUUCUAGUCAGCUGAUGUACAAAGUGUAUAAAUCUUAUAUUGUUUAAGUCUUUAUGUCGUAUGUGCAACUUGUAUAUAAAACAUUUUGAAAUCUC